CCUCCAUUCCCACACUCACCCUCCCCUCUGAAAGAAAGAACAGAGCAGCGAGAGGCACUCCUGUAGCCCAUCUCCGGCCGGCCAAGCUGAUCGAGCGAGCAUGGGGUCGUGGAGGCUGAGGAUGCCGGGGUUCGGCGACGAAGGUGGCGGCGGCGGGAGAGGGGUCGGCCAGGGCAGGGGCGCCGGCGGCCGUGGCCGCGGCGGCUUCGGCUUCUACCCUCAGCAAGACGGCCGCGGAGGAGGAGGAGGCUCCUACCAGCCUCGCGGCGCGGCGCAGCAGUGGCGUCCGGCCGCCCCUGCUCCGGCGCAUCCACCGCAGACGCACGCCAAUGGCAACGGUGGCCCGGCCGCCACGAUAGCUCCCGAGCUGCGCCAAGCAAAGACGGACGCCGCCGCUCCGGCUCCGCCCGCCCAGGCCCCGCCGCCGCCGGUGGCCCUCGAGGCCGUCGCCGAGCACCUCGACCUCGAGGACGUCACCGACCAGUUCGACGCUCUGUCCAUGGACGGCGACUCGGCCUCGGUCACCACCGCCGCCGGCCGGGAGCUCGUCGCGGUCCGGGCGCCGAUCCCGCGGGCGGACAGCUCCUGCAAGUUCCCGCACCGCCCCGGGAGCGGGCGGGCCGGCACGCGGUGCCUGGUGAAGGCGAACCACUUCCUCGCCGAGCUGCCGGACAAGGACCUGCACCAGUACGACGUGGCCAUCACGCCGGAGACGUCCCGGGUGUCCGGCCGCGCCGUCAUGGCCGAGCUGGUGCGGCUGCACCGGGCGUCCUACCUCGGCGGCCGCCUCCCGGCCUACGACGGCCGCAAGAGCAUGUACACCGCCGGCCCGCUGCCCUUCACCUCCAAGGAGUUCCACAUCACCCUGCUCGAGGAGGACGACGGCUCCGGCCAGGAGAGGCGUGAGAGGACCUUCAAGGUGGUGAUCAGGUACGCGGCGAGGGCCGAUCUGCGCCGCCUCGAGCAGUACAUCGCCGGAAGGCAGGCCGAGGCCCCCCAGGAGGCCCUGCAGGUUCUUGACAUCGUCCUGCGUGAGCUGCCAACAGCUAGAUAUGCGCCAUAUGGUCGAUCGUUCUUCUCGCCGGACUUCGGGAGGAGGCGGUCUCUCGGCGACGGGGUUGAGAGCUGGCGCGGGUUUUAUCAGACCAUUCGCCCUACCCAGAUGGGAUUGUCGCUCAAUAUCGAUAUGUCAGCAACAUCUUUCUUCGAGCCGCUGCCUGUCCUCGAUUUUGUCGGGCAGCUUUUGAACGCUGACAUUCACUCAAGGUCCCUCUCGGAUGCCGAGCGUGUCAAGAUCAAGAAGGCCCUAAGGGGAGUGAAGGUGGAAGUUACUCACCGUGGCAACAUACGGCGCAAGUACCGGAUAUCUGGUUUAACACCUCAGACAACUAGGGAGCUAAGUUUUCCUGUUGAUCAAGGGGGUACGGUGAAGUCCGUUGUCCAGUAUUUUCAGGAGACAUAUGGGUUUGCCAUCCAGCACAUCAAUCUUCCCUGUCUGACAGUCGGCAACCAGCAGCGUCCAAAUUACCUCCCCAUGGAGGUCUGCAAAAUAGUGGAGGGGCAGAGGUACUCCAAGAGGCUGAACCAGGGUCAGAUAAGAGCUCUUCUUGAGGAGACGUGCCAGCGUCCACAUGACCGGGAGCGCGACAUAGUUCAGAUGGUGAAUCACAACUCUUACCACGAUGAUCCGUAUGCAAAAGAGUUUGGUAUUAAGAUCAGCGAGCGCCUGGCAUCGGUCGAGGCACGGAUUUUACCUGCUCCUCGGCUUAAGUACAGCGAGACUGGCAGAGAGAAGGAUUGCUUGCCUAGAGUUGGCCAGUGGAAUAUGAUGAACAAGAAAAUGGUCAAUGGUGCUAGAGUCAGGAGCUGGCUGUGUGUCAACUUCGCUCGAAAUGUGCAAGAGAGUAUGGCUACUGGAUUCUGCCGUGAACUCGCUCGCAUGUGCCAAGCCUCAGGAAUGGACUUUGCUUUGGAGCCUGUUCUUCCGGUUAUAUACGUGCGCCCUGAUCAAGUGGAGAGAGGUUUGAAAGCUAGGUUCCAUGAUGCGAUGACCGCACUUGGACCGCAGCGCAAGGAGAUCGAGUUGCUUAUUGGAAUUCUCCCUGAUAACAAUGGCUCACUUUAUGGUGACCUGAAGCGUGUCUGCGAGAUCGACCUUGGGCUAAUUUCCCAGUGCUGUUUGACAAAGCAAGUGUUCAAGAUGAACAAGCAAAUCCUGGCAAACCUUUCUCUGAAGAUAAAUGUCAAGGUUGGGGGAAGGAACACUGUACUGGCUGACGCGUUGACAAGGCGCAUUCCUUUGGUUACCGACAAGCCGACGAUCAUAUUCGGCGCAGAUGUCACCCAUCCUCAUCCUGGUGAAGACAGCAGCCCCUCCAUUGCUGCAGUUGUGGCCUCCCAAGAUUGGCCUGAGGUGACCAAGUAUGCUGGCCUAGUCUCUGCUCAGACUCACAGGCAGGAAUUAAUAGAGGAUCUGUACAAUGUCACUCAUGAUCCUCAGAGAGGAACCAUCCAUGGUGGCAUGGUCAGGGAGCUUCUUAUAUCCUUCAAGCGAACAACCGGAGAAAAGCCUGAGCGUAUUAUUUUUUAUAGAGAUGGUGUGAGUGAAGGCCAGUUCUACCAAGUUCUACUGCAUGAGCUUGAUGCCAUCAGAAAGGCAUGCGCAUCGCUGGAAGCAAACUACCAGCCGCUGGUUACAUUCGUCGUGGUCCAGAAGCGCCACCACACCAGGCUGUUUGCGCACAACCACAAUGACCAGAGCACCGUCGACAAGAGCGGCAACAUCCUUCCUGGCACUGUCAUUGACUCCAAGAUCUGCCACCCUACAGAGUUUGAUUUCUUCCUGUGCAGCCAUGCCGGCAUCAAGGGCACGAGCCGCCCCGCGCAUUACCAUGUCCUGUGGGAUGAGAACAACUUCACUGCUGAUGGACUGCAGACCCUCACCAACAACCUCUGCUACACUUACGCGAGGUGCACGCGCUCGGUGUCUAUCGUCCCUCCAGCAUACUACGCUCACCUGGCCGCCUUCCGUGCCCGCUUCUACAUGGAGCCGGACAGCUCCGACAGCGGCUCCAUCUCGAGCGCGCGCAAGUCCGGCUCGUCGACGUCCCGCAGCACCCGAGCUGCAGGCGCCGGGGUCGUCAGGCCCCUCCCUGCACUCAAGGACAGCGUGAAGAAGGUCAUGUUCUACUGCUGAUGAUGCUCUACAAUCUACUGCUGCUCUAAUAAAAAGGCUGCACCUUAGGUGAUCAGUUCACUUGAAGGUGUUGUUGUACUGACAAUUAAGUAGCACUAUGUGCCCUGUUGUGGCUCUUGGGCUGUGAGGAUUCCAUUACUCUAUGCUGAACCAGGUCUCAUUAGAGAACUCUAUUCUAGUAUUUUCUAGUGUGUUUUCUUCAGACUGUAUGUGUGCCAGGACUAGGAGGCUGUGCCAUGGAAGCUGCAUGCACUGAACUUGCCUAUGUUAAUUUGCCUUUUAUUCAUGUGGAUCUAUCUAUUCCAGAAUUACUACUAUUAUUAUUUGAUCUUGAUAUUCAGAAUGUGUUUGCUUGGUUAACAUUUGCCCAAAUUAAUCAUGAUCCUCACCGAAAUGUAA